AUGGCCUCCAACUACUCACCCAAACAUUUCAACGUCACAUUCCCCCAAGAAUAUGUCGCGCACGUCGAAAUCAACCGGCCGAACCAGCUAAAUGCGUUUUUCGAAGCCAUGUGGAUCGAACUCGGCCACAUCUUCGCCCAACUCUCCAUCGACCCCUCCGUCCGCUCAAUAGUCCUCUCCGGCGCCGGCGACAAGGCAUUCACAGCAGGUCUGGACGUAAAGGCCGCCUCGCAGGGCCUCCUCUCCGAUAGCUCAGCCACCGACUCCGCCCGCAAAGCCGUGCAUCUACGCCGGGAGGUCGCCUCCUUCCAAGAGUGCGUCUCCUCGCUCGAGAAAUGCGAGAAACCCGUUAUCGUCGUGCUACACGGCUUCUCGCUCGGUCUGGCGAUUGAUCUCUCCACGGCGGCGGAUGUGCGCUUCUGCGCUAAGAACACUCAGUUCGCUGUCAAGGAGGUAGAUAUUGGUCUUGCGGCGGAUGUAGGCACGCUCAGCCGCCUGCCGAAGGUUGUUGGGAACUUUGGCUGGGUAAAGGAUGUUUGUCUGACGGCGAGGCUGUUUGGACCCGAGGAGGCGCUGCGCGUCGGGUUUGUGAGCCAAGUGUUUGAUGAGAAGGCGGGUGCUGUGCGUGCUGCGAUUGAGCAUGCGGGUCUUAUGGCGAGUAAGAGUCCCAUUGCGGUGCAGGGGACCAAGGAGUUGUUAAAUUGGUCGCGGGAUCAUACGGUCCAGGAUGGUCUCCGAUAUACCCAAGUCUGGAACAGUGCUGCUCUGCAGACGGGCGACGUCCAGGCGGCGUUACUAUCUGGUAUACAGAAGCGAAAGCCAACCUUCGAGAAGCUGUAG